AUGGACUUCGCCCUAGGAACUCCCCACCUUCUGCAGAAAGGGCAGGCCAUUGGCUGUAGGCAGGAUCUUGCUGGCUGGAAAGAUGACUUGCUGUCUUUGUGUGCUUUGGAGAAUGAUAUUCCCUUUAGGACUGACUGGACAGUGGCCCAGAACACACUAUUCAACAAGAUCCUCAAAGCCCUGCAGUCUGACCAACUUGCCCGCUUGGCCAACGAAGGGGCUUGUAAUGAGCCAGUGCUGAAUCAUGUAGCUGUAGACAAGUGUGCAAGGCAGGUGCAGCAGGCCCUGGCCAGUGAGAGUUGGGACACCAAGAUGAUCCAGUGGCUGCACACGACCCUGGUGGAGACCUUGAGUCUGCCCAUGCUGGCUGCCUACAUGGAUGCUUUGCAGGCACUGAAAGGGAAGGGAAGGCUAUGGUUGAUCCCAACCUUGAUUGACCACAUGCUUGUGUCGCCCAACACAAAGACUGGGGCCAAAGGAACUGAGGCCUUGUCACUGCUGCUGAAAAGGCCCUGGGACCCUGCUGCAGGGGUGCUUCCUCAUGACAAGCCAAGGAAACUCCCUGGCUCUCCUCUGAUUCUUAUCACCUCCUCAUGUCCCUCUAACUCUGCAUUCCCCACCUCACACCACCACCACAUCUGGUAAUCUCAGCUGUGCUGCUUAGGCAAGGUCAUCCCUGUCGCCACCCAUCUGCCAAAAAAUGGCAGUGGAGUGGGCCUUCUGCAGUGCCUUGAGCAUAUGAUUGGGGCAGUGAGAAGCAAAGUUUUGGAGAUUCACCACCAUUUCCCACACAAACCCAUCAUUUUAAUUGGCUGGAACAUGGGAGCUUUGGAUGAGAUUGUGGACUUCCUGAUGGGAGUGCUUACUUGGUGUGAGCCUUGGCAUCAGGAUGCUGAGAAGAAGAAGCCUCAUGAUGUGGCCUGCAGAGACAUGGCAUUUGAAGUCCUUGAGUGGGGCAGUCAAUCUGCUUCCCCAGCUGCCCUCCUCAUCCUUGCACUCAGAGGAGCGAGAAAAUUCACUUACCCCCAAGCUUCAGACAUCCCUCGUACGGACGAGCUUGGGGUAAAUGAAGCCACCAUGACUCUUAUCAUGGCAGAACGUGAGAGAUUCUCUCGAGAUGCACUACUGCUUCACAAGCAGCAGAGGCUGAGCAAGACUGCUUGGGACAAGGGAUACAGUAAUCAGCCUGUUUUAACCAUUCUGGCACCUAGUGCUACAAUGAAGCUGUUAGUCUCAGAAUCUGGGCAUGAAGCCAGGAUCUGUGCCUCCGCAGAUGGUUAA